AUGGCUGAACCACAGUGGUCGAAUGGUUUCAAUCAAAACGUUUGGAAUGGUGUCCCAACGGGACGCAUGGACCAUUCAGUUAGCAAACCGAUAAUGGUGGCUAACUCGAAUACAAGUCAAGCUGCGUCACCACAUUCGGAAUCGUACGGACCUGGAGUGCUGCAGAUGGUAGUCGAUAAUGUGCUGAGCGGAUCGCCUGCAUCUGCCAAUGCAAAAUUCGGUCCGCCAAGCACAAGAGGCGAAGUUUCUUUGCGCAUAAUCGACGGAAAGAGUGAUGAGAAGAGAAAUGACGGUGGUCCCGUUGGGUUACCGAUACCUUAUGCUGUUCCUAUGUUCAACCGUUCUGGUGUGGAAAGACAAGGUGGCACUCCGGAUUUCCAGAUGGCACCGUUUUUGUUCCAAGGAGGUCAUGUAAUUGGUGGCAACACGACCAUGCCGUUCUCCUCCGGAUCUCCUGCAGCACCUGGCUUCGGUUACGGGGCGUGGGGUGAAAUGUAUCCUCCACCUCACCAAGCUCCAACUACUUCCACUAGUGAUGAUUGUCUGAAGAAAGGAGGAGGUAUGCCCAUUGGAGGACCAGGAGGAAUGCCAUCGAAUGUAUUUUCGACGUCACCACCAUUUCCAUAUCAGAAUGCAAUGCUAGGUGUCACUAAUAGCAUGUCCAAUUUGACCAUUGGUGGACCACCGCAGAUGUCGAAUCAAAUCCGUCAUGACCAGGCAUUUCCAAGUGCAUCGUCUGGACUUCCAAAUUUACCUGCUCCUCAUAUGAUGUACAUAUACAACCAGUCGAACCCACAGACACCAACUCUUGGCAACAGCCCAACAUUUUUUGGCAGUGCUAUAAAUGGUAUCCAGAAUAUGGGUCUGGCCCCUGGAAGUGGUAUGCAAAACUAUCCGCCAUCACGUGCUCCCUUCUACAAUGCUCAACCUCAACCCACCAAUGCGCCGUCAUAUAGCAUCCCCCAACGACGAAUGAUGGAUGAAAGUGGUGUCAGAAUUCCGGGUAAUCGUAGCCACAUUUUGGAGGACUUCCGGAACAAUCGAACUCCUCCACUACAAAUUUCCGAUAUUCUGACGCAUGUUGUGGAGUUUGCCAAAGACCAGCAUGGGUCGAGGUUUAUACAGCAGAAGCUCGAGCGAGCCUCAGUCAAGGAGAAGCAACUGCUUUUCGAAGAAGUGCUCGCAAAUGCUCAUGCGCUGAUGGUUGAUGUUUUUGGGAACUACGUUAUCCAGAAGUUCUUCGAGUUUGGUACGCCAGAACAAAAAGCAGCAUUGGGUCGUUCGUUGAAAGGAAAUGUCAUGAACUUGGCACUGCAAAUGUAUGGAUGUCGUGUGAUACAGAAAGCUAUGGAGUCCAUUGAUGAAUCGCUACAGUUGGAAAUUCUCCGCGAAAUGGAGGGCCAUGUACUGAAGUGUGUUAAAGAUCAAAAUGGCAACCAUGUGGUGCAGAAAGUGAUCGAAAAAGUCAAACCGGAACGUCUCCAGUUCAUCAUCAACACAUUCACAAAGAAUGGUCCAGAUACGAUCACCCAACUUUCAAUGCAUCCAUAUGGCUGCAGAGUAAUACAGAGAGUACUGGAACAUUGUUCGGAAGAGCAAAAGCGGCCGGUACUGGAGGCGCUUCAUGCCAACAUGAGCACAUUGAUAGUCGAUCAGUAUGGAAACUACGUUGUACAGCAUGUUAUUGAGCAUGGAAGUAAUCAAGAUCGUGAUCGUAUAGUACAAGAGGUAGCCGGUAAUGUGUUGCGAUACGCUCAACAUAAAUUUGCAUCGAAUGUCAUUGAGAAGUGUUUGAUUUGUGCUGGAGGACAUCACAAGACGCUACUGAUUGAUGAAGUUUGUGGAACACCAAAUGACCCACAGCCCCCGAUUCUGUUGAUGAUGAAGGAUCAGUUUGCAAACUACGUCGUGCAGAAAAUGUUAGACAUAGCCGAUCCAGUGUAUCGUAAAAAGAUGAUGUAUGCCAUCAAGCCACAUAUACCGGUACUAAGAAAGUAUAGCUAUGGAAAGCACAUUAUUACGAAAUUGGAGAAAUACUUCCAAAAGCAACAGUACAACCAUGCACAGCACCAGCAUCCCCAGUAUGACAUGUCUGGAAUGCAAGUUGCUAAUGUGAACCCCGCAGUGAUGUAA